CUAUUUAUGGAUUGUGAAAGCGAAUUCCUAAAUCCUAGAAAAAUAAAUGAGACCGGCGAUCCUUUAGGAUCUCGCAGUCAUCUCGUCGAGCAGACGCAUUUUGUUCACAGCAAUGAAGAUGUGCCGACAUUUCCGACAUCAUUUAAUCUGGCCGAUGCCUUUUGCAUUGAUCUCUACACCUUAUAUGCGCCGGGAAUAUUGAGUAGAGAACGCCUUGUACACGUAAUUAGUGAUUUAAAACCACUUUGUAUUUCGCAAUCAGUGAUUACUCUGAUGAAGUCC